GAUUUUUCCACCAGUCAGCCGUCAAAUACAUAGCCCGGCAAUUAUGUGAACAAAAUUAAUGACAAUCAAGAGACUCGCCAAGUUUAGCGUCGACCGAAAAAGAGUAAUGAUCUCAUAUUAUAUUGUUCGGAGCUUUGUUAGCGCAUCCAUGCCGGCUCUAUUCGUAAGAAACAAGUGAUCCCAAGAACACACCUCUUAGACAUAAACUGAAACACAUUUGUUACGACAUGGCUGAAAGACCGUGGUUUCGGAUCAACCGUGAUCUCUUGGUUUACAAAGCUUUCUAUUUCUUUUUCCUGAGCGGUUUCGGCUCUAUAUUUCCAUAUCUUCCUGUAUAUUUUCGUCAGAUUGGUCUGCCAGCCAGUCAGGUUGGUUUGCUCCUCGGUUUGCGGCCGAUCGUUCAAUUUGCCAGCGCUCCAUUCUGGGCCAUCAUGGCGGACAAAUACAAGAAACGGAAAUCCGUGUUGGUCAUGUCUGUUUUGUCUUGGCUGAUCAUGACACUGACUUUAGCGUUUGUGGAGCCUACAAACGAAAUCUGUGAGAUUCAACAGGGUAAUAAUUCACAUCGCCAUGUCUAUAAUUAUACCAGAGUGAAGACUGGGUUUUUUCGACGCGAACUUUUGUGGCAAAAAGCUGACUUUGACGAGGCAAAGAAAAGAAAACUGAUCCACAAAAGGGCUAUGGAUGUUGUACCUAUUUAUAUUACAGGACAAGACAAGGCUCGCUUUGAAUCAAGUUUAAGGAACAAAUCAUUGUCAGAUGCUACCAAAAUUCAUCCGAAUCAAAGUAUGGUUGAAAAUGCUACCCAGGGAUUAAAAAGGAUUUUUGAAAAACGAAACAAUACCUUUUUGUUUCAAAAACUUGACAAAAAAAAGCAGACGAGUGUUGAACGAAGUGAUAGAGGAUUGUAUCUUAGAACAUUGACUUCUACUCGGGAUUUAACGGAGUCAAAAGACUUGGUAAACAAAACAGGGACGAAUCGCCUUCACAGCGAGCGAGGUCCAAAGUCAAAAGCAAAACUGGUUCAUACGACUUCACAAACAACCACCAGUCACAGGGCACUCACCCAUUCAAUUAUGCCAAAGUACCUUUGGCGUUUUAAUAAAUCCGGGAAUUUUCCAAACAAGAACAAGAACAGAAAAGUUACCUCGAAGAAUUUAGAUAAAACCCACAGGCAAGAUCAUUUUAAUACCGGGAUCAAUCAUGAAUAUAGAAAUAAAAAAACAGGUGAAAUCAACGGAACAAUCCUGACGUCUUACUUCCAGUCACCCGUAGUAAACAUAGGAAAGAAAGAUAACAAGUCAUCGAUUGACAAGAGAAGGCAAAAUAACCGUGAUGCACCGGUAGUCAUUGAAUUCUCUAGAAUUUUGAUUCCACCCGGCAAAGACGCAAGCGAUGAUAGCUCCGGUGAUCAUGAAGGCUCCAGCACUGGAAAUGGGACUAAAUUUUUGCCGCACAAAACUGUUCACUCCACACAACAUUUACAACAAGUUGGUGCAAGCAUCUCUGAACCGUUGCUGAGUGAAGCAGGACUUUCAAAUCGCAUUAACACCUCAACAAAGCAAGUUGGUGGAGCAGAUAUAAAAGCAAUCAGCAACAGCCUACUACAGUUGAAAGAUAAGCUAUCAAAGAUCAUAGGAAUUGAUUCCAAAACCACCACAACAGAAAAUGGCAUCAUCAGGCAGAAAGGACAUGCAACACAUUCUAGCAAUGAUUCUGUUGUGAAGUCCUUCAACCGAUCUCCAACUCAAACGCUCCAGAUUCGUGUUCACAACAAAAACGUCUCAAACGAAAUCGAUAAACUUCAUCAAAGUCAGUCAGAGAAGUCGGGCGCGGAAAUUUUAAUUCAUACAGGAAUUUCAGUGCUAAAUUCAGUCAACAACACUAAUGACAUGAUGCCUUCAAAUGGUCAGAACAAUACUGACGAGUUAAUGCCCCUAAAUGAUUCUUUAAGUGGCUCUGGAAAUACUUUGUUUACAUCCUCUUCUCUUGAAACAAAUGACAAUUUGACAUUGUAUGAUCUCCAAACUGAUAUAAGAGAAAGUAACGAAACUACUUUACAAAAGAACUACACCAACAUCACCUUAAACAGAAGUUCCGAUUAUUCCCUAGAGAACCCAAUGAAACACAUCAGCAAAGCCAUUCAGGAAGAAUUGAUGAAAAACACGCCACAAACUGCUGGAGAUACACAGUCAAAACUCUGGAUGACUAAUUUGCUUAAGACCAACUCCUCUGAAUUGAAAAGAAUUUUUACCAUUCUUCUUGUUCUAGUUGUUGUAGGAGAAUUUCUCGAGGCUCCGUCAACAACAUUAGCAGACGCUUCCCUUUUGGAGCACCUUGGUGAAGAGCGACGGUACUACGGAAAACAACGACUAUGGGGUUCGCUUGGAUUCGGGCUGUCUUCGUUUCUCGUCGGAGUGCUUUUGGAGAAGUCACGUCACCUUGUUUGUGGUGAGCAAUACACAGAUUACAUGAUUUGUUUUUGUGUAUUUGCUCUUCUAAUGAUCUUGACGUUAUUUAUAUCCACGACGUUUAAAUUUCAAUACAAAGAAACUGGUGUUAAACAGACAAGUGUUUUGUCAGCUCUUUGUAACAUUCACUAUGGUUCGUGUCUUAUGGCAGCAUGUUUCAUGGGAGUAGGUCAUGGAAUGUCCCAUAGUUUUCUGAACUGGUUUCUUGAAGAUCUUGGUGCAACUAAGACAUUAAUGGGUGUGGCAGUAAUUUGUCGCAGCUCUUUGGAUUUAUUAACCUUUUUCGUGGCUGGAAGCCUAAUUAAAGCCAUUGGACAGAUAAAAAUCAUGGUAGGUGCGCUUAUAUCAUACGGAGUAGCAUUUUCUAUGUACUCGCUGCUCACAAACCCAUGGUGGGUUUUACCAAUAGAGAUGUUAGUCGGAUGUACAUACGCUGCCUCAUGGUCGGCUUGUACCUCAUAUAUGGCGGGCGCAGCGUCCUCAGAAUCUGUCACAACUAUUCAAGGGAUUCUGCAAGGAGUGUACUGGGGACUGGGCACAGGUUCAGGUACAAUAACAGGCGGGUUUUUAAUCCAUCACUUUGGAGCUGUGGCAACAUUCCGUUGUGUGGCUGGUGCCUCGUUUGUAGUUUGUAUUCUGUUUUUUCUGGCGCAAUGCAAGUUUACGCGAGAAUCAACAGAAUACACUGAGAUGAAAUAUACUUACCUUCCUACAGUGGAAUCAAAAGACACUGAAGAGCUACUCAGAGGAUACAGAGUUUCUAAGACUUUAAAACACAAGCACAGCUCGAUGAGAAAACACUAAAUCACAGUAGUUGAUGCAAAUUUUA